UUUUUAUCAGAUUAAUCAAUAAAAAAACUAUAUAAACAUACAUUUACAACAGCUAGUAUCCAUUGAAUCACAACACAAAAAGUCAAUUUAUGAAAAGCUAAAGCUAAACAUGUGGGCAAGAAUAUGGUGAAAAAAACAUUUUGAAUUGCUACAUGUACUAGCAAACGCGCAAUAUUUGUUAUUAGUCUUGCUUGUACGUGCGUGGGGGUUCCCUAUAGAAAGCUAUCCUUACGUAGAGAAUCGUCAGUCGUCACACGUUUGGAGAACGUAUAAAAGUAUAUCUCAGACGUGUCUUCCGUAAAAGUUAUUGAAAAAUAUCUAUAAUAAUAACAUGUCUAGAUAAGCAUAUCUAAAUCAACGAUCUCUUCUGCAAACUUGUGGCAUAGAAGCUGUGACAUAUUUAAACAGUGUAAUUUUUCAACCGUGACUACCGGAAAAACGCCAUUAAGAUAAUUCUGUACAAUCACAAAUCAACCAUUUCAGUCGUUGAACGAACAUUCUUCGUUAUUUCGUAAAAUGGUGCAGCAAGAGGCCGUAGUUGUCAGAAAUGCCACGAAGGGUUACGAACGGAAAACGCUAAUACUCAAAGGCCUAGAUAUGACCGUUUCCAAGGGUUCCAUAUACGGCCUGUUAGGCGCCAGCGGAUGCGGUAAGACUACACUCUUGACGUGUAUCGUUGGAGUUCGAAAUCUCAACAAAGGAGAGAUUUGGGUCCUAGGAGGAACUCCAGGCAGCAAGAAUUCUGGCAUCCCUGGACCUCGAGUGGGCUAUAUGCCGCAAGAAAUCUCUUUGGUCGGAGAGUUUACCGUGCGCGAUGCUUUCUAUUACUUCGGCAUGAUCAAUGGACUCCAAAAUGAGGAGAUCGAAACAAGGAAAGAGUUCUUAUCGAAACUGCUGCAGCUGCCACCGGAUGAUCGCUUCGUGAAGAAUAUGAGCGGAGGUCAACAAAGAAGAGUCUCCUUCGCCGCAGCGUUGCUCCAUAAUCCUGAACUCCUCAUCUUGGACGAACCCACUGUGGGCCUGGACCCAAUUUUGAGGGAGAAUAUCUGGGCUCACUUAAUCAAACUCACAAAAGAGGACAAUGUUACUAUUGUUAUCACGACGCAUUAUAUCGAGGAGGCGAAGGAUGCUGACAAAAUUGGGUUAAUGAGAAACGGCCAAUUGCUAGCGGAGGCGUCACCGCAACAAUUACUGCAACAAUGUCAAUGCUCAUCUUUGGAGGAAGCGUUUCUUACAUUGAGUGCGCAACAAAAUAAUAUGGCCACAGAAACGUUCACAGUCCAAACAUCUAAACCAGAAGACACCGAAAGUAAUAUUUUAAACCAGAAUAAUUAUGACCAAAUAGAGGAUAAAACUUCAGAACGUAAAACAAAUCCAGAACGUAAAGUUGCACGAUUGAAGAAGUUUAAAGCUCUAAUGAUGAAAAAUAGCAUGCAAUUUUUCCGUUAUUAUACAGGUUUAGCUUUUGCGGUCAUCUUUCCAAUAGUCCAAAUCUCAACUUUUUAUAUCGGAGUCGCUAAGGAUAUAAAAACCUUGGAAAUCGGGGUCAUCAAUGAUGAUGCUGGCAAUUGUGAUUAUAAUAACAAUUUUGGCAAUAUUUGGUACGACGAGGAAAUGCUUACUUGUCACUUCGGUAAUCUUAGUUGUAAAUUCCUACAUGAUCUUGGCAACUCCAUUGCGACACAGGAUUAUUACAAUAACAUUUCCGAAGCAACUGUUGAUGUGAAAGAUGGAAAACUCGUUGGCAUGAUACAUUUUCAUCAAAAUUUCUCCAAGGCGCUGGAAAGGCGAUUAGAAGCUUUUGCUUUUACUGAGGAAAGCGAUCUUAUUGCUACUGAGAUUCAAAUUUUUCUCGAUAUGGCUGAUAGUCAAGUUGGAAAUUACAUGAAAAAGAAAUUGUUCGACCGUUUCAUCGCAAUAUAUGAGGAUGUAAUGAAAGAUUGCAGACUUUCGACAAAAUUGGCUAAUGUACCUAUUCGGUUCGAAGAUCCAAUUUAUGGUACGUCGGAUCCUGCUUAUGCAGACUUUAUGGCACCGGCCUAUAUAAUAACACUUGCCUUCGUUCUCGCUACCAUAGUCUCCACCUCGUUAAUAGUUACAGAUCGACUAGAGGGUGUUUGGUAUCGAAGUCUGGUUCAAGGUGUCCAGACUUGGGAAAUCUUGCUGUCUCAUAUUUUAUGUCAGACAAUAAUUGUAAUCAUUCAUACUGCAAUGAUAUUGGGCCUCUCUUUUCUUGCAUGGGGACUAGAAUGUAAAGGAUCGAUAUUUCCCGUAAUAUUGAUCACAUUUCUCAGCGGUAUGUGUGGAUUGAUGUAUGGUUUCUCCCUCUCUAUUCUGUGUAACGAUCAUGUGAUGGCGCAUUUCGCAUCGGCCGGAAGUUUCCUUCCAUUAACACUUCUAGGCGGAGCUAUGUGGCCAGUAGAAGGAAUGCCAAAAGUCCUUCGUUGGAUCAGCUUAAGUCUACCGAUGACGUUCCCCGCCAUAUCCUUAAGACACGUCUUCUUUAAAGCAUAUUCUUUUUUCGAACCAGAAGUUUACAAUGGUACCUUUGUGCUUAUCGCAUGGAUAUUGCUUUUGUUUACUAUAUCUGUAAUAGGCGUAAAACGUAAAUCCUCGUGACCUCGCUUAGAAAUAUAUAGAAAUUUUAUUUUGAGAAAACAUUGCAUAUGGCUUACAGGGUUUAGUUAGAUACAGACAAUACAUUAUUUAAUAAAAAGUAUUUUAUAAAAUAUAAAUAUUUGGCGUUGACAAAACUCUCUUGUUGAAUACAUACUAUAUCUGUUGUUUUUUUUCAAAUUAAGUAAUAUAACGCGUAAUAUAUUCGUGCGUUUUAUAUAUUUUAUAAUAAAAAGCUAUGGAAAAUCUGUGAAAU